UUUACUUGACUUUAAUGUUUGAUGUUUAACGUGACGUGUUCUCUUUGACCAGGACAACAUGGAGGGGUGUGAGAAUCUUGACAAAUACAAAACCCUAUGCCAUAUACUGUAAUUUCUUAUUGAUUUAUUUUUAAUAUGUAGGAUCUGUAUACCAUUUUUGAUGCGUUGGCCCUAUGAUCGAAGAUGCAGCAUGAAAAUACAGUGUAAUAAAAUACAUUUAAGGUGACACAAUCUGUUUUCUGAGGUUUAGAGCACGAAUCUCUGUGCCAGCCUUCUUGUAUGGAGCUUGCAUGUUCCCUGCGUGGGUGACUUCCCACACCCUCAAAACAUGCAUGUUCGGUCAAUUGAAGACUAGAUUCUUCAGAGGCAUGAAUGUUAGUGUAUAUGCUCGGACUUCCCCAGCUGGCCAUCAUGAUGGUUAACUUCUUAAUAUGAUGCAGUGAAAGGUCCCCAUCGUUAUUGGCAGCGGUGGAAGUUAACGGAUGAUCAGCUGGUAAUGGCGAGCUGCUCAAGUUAAGUCCCUUGUCACGAGUGACGUCAUGCUUCACAGGCCCGCCUUCUACUGCUGGACAAAGUUCACUAAUUGCAGAUUGUGGUACGUGGGGGAGGGGGGCCGCCGGUGCUGCUGUGCCCUCCUUGAACUUGUUCUUCCAGCGGCGCGCGCGCUAGCCCCCACAGCCCGUGCAGCCAUGGCGAGGAAACCCCGUUGACAAGGCACUGCUUUUUCAUGACGCCCAUUCAGUGACUGGAAACGUAGGGUGUUAGAUGACUGGAUCCAUGUGGCCUCACAGUAAUCAGUGUCAUGGAUGAUGAGGAUGAUCGCCAUCUUCUGGAUAUUUUAGGAGAUGUGGAUGCAUUGAAUGACUACCUACACGGCAACAACAGCAAGUCCAUUGAAGAGGACGAUGUAGCGAAUGCUGCAUACGGCUCAGAUGCCUCUUUCUUCACUGGUGAUGAUGCUGCAAAUGGCGGACUCAAAGAUGGCUCCUCCGCAAUGGCCGAGUUUGGCGGGGCUCCUGCUAGAGAUGGCCUCCAGCUCUCCAGCAGCCUCUCCUUUAUCGAGGACCACCUGGGGGCCGGCAGCCCACCCGGAGGUGGCGUGGACCUCGGCGAAGAGCAGCCCUUCGAUAUCCUCCAGAAAUCUCUGCUGGAAGCUGACAUCACUGAGCAGACGCUGGCGCAGGAGGCCUUGCUGGACACGCAGCCCGCGCCCACCCUCGUGCAGGCCCCCUUGUCCUUCCCGUCCCAGCUGGUCUCUGGGGGCUACGGAGGGGGUGCGGUCACCACGGCGGCGGCCACGUUACCGGCCGGACAUUUCCUUCAGGGCGUUUCCUCGUUGCCUAACGGUUCCACGCAGCACAUCCAGGUGCUCGGCUCGUUCGGAGCGGGAAGCGGAGUCAUGACGCUCAGCGGUCUGGAAAGAACUCCUCAGAUUGUGCUGAGGCCGGCGGGCCCCGUCGCCGCUGCGGGGUCUCCGGCUCCAGGCGGACAGGUGUACGCUCCUACCCAGGGCCAUCUUGGUCAAGUGGGCUUCAAGAACAUUCCCCUCCAGAACGUCAUCAUUCAGAGAGGUCCAGGAGGAACCCAGACUCUUGUGAGACCGAUCCAGCCUAAACCGCAUCAAGCUGGGGCUCAGACUGUCAUCAGUUUACAGACCGCGGUCUCCCCGUUGGCAAAUACGGCUAAAAGUGCACCGCAGUUCACCGCCAAUGGUUCCUUGGUGGUGGAUCAGCAGCAGGCCCAUACCAACAUACAAACGGGACAGUACUUGCUGCCCACUUCUUUGGCAGUUCACAACGGCCCCCCCGCAGACUCCGCUGCCAAUAUCACUGGCCACAAUGCGGUGCAGAUUGUUGCCGGGCAAAAAAUUACAGCGCAAGCGAGCGGGCAGCUCAUUUUGAAUCAGGGCGUGGCGAGUGGCGGCGCGACACAAACAUGGAAGGGCACCGCGCCCACAACGUGCACCGCGGGCCGGCUUGCACUGGUUAGUCAGGGGCAGCUCUCCGGUAGCCCCGUGCAGCGCCUCCUAGUGACGCAAACGGCUAACUGUACAUCACUGUCCCCUUUACCCAACACAGCGACGCCAGCACAAGAACACAGACAGAAUGCUUCUGGAGCUGCCGUCAAACAAGUGCAGCUCAGCGCACACAAGAGGCCCGCGCCGCUGACCAAAGGAGGAAUGAUUUUACAGCAGCUAAGGGAACAUCACGAGAGGGUGGACAUGCCCGACCGGCGACACUUUACGUCGUUCAGUGAUGCGCUGCAACGGCUCCUGCCCUUCCACGUGUUCCAAGGCACGCCACCCAGCCAGGAGGAGUUCUCACAGGUGGAUGAGGAGUUUGAGUCAGUUGCGACGCACGUGUUGAUGAGGACCCAGGCCAUGAUCAAUAAGUACCGACGACUGCUUUUGGCUGAAUCCGAGCAUUCCAGUCCUUCAUCAGAGAUGGUGAUGAUCGACAGGACCUUCAACCAAGAGGAGCGGAGCUGCCUGACCCAGGACAAGCGCAUGCUACUUGUGGAUCCAGACGCUUUCUUGGAGGACUUCUGUUGCGGACCGAAAUCCAAACAUUUGCAAGAUCCCGUGCCCUCUCCGCCGCCACCGCCUGACACAGACUCAGAUGAGCCGGCAUACAGGACAGACUCCCAGCCUGGCUUUUGCGACCCGGGAGGAGGAGGCGGUGGUGGUGAUCGAUUUCAAGCUUCAUCUGUGGAGAACAAGAGCGUCCUGGAACUGAAGCGAUCCCAGCAGCAGCAGCAGCAGCAUUUGGGGCAGGAAGGUAACCACUCAUCUUUUGCAGCACCUGCAGGGGGUCACACGCACCUCCAGGCGGCCUCGCCCGCACACCUGGACACAGACUCUGCUCUGGAGGCGGCUGUCAACAGCAUCCUGGAAUGUUAACAAACCACAUGGAGUUUCGUUGGUAGUCGAUUCGUGUAGUUUGUCCUGCUCUUGAUGUAGCACUACUUUUGUUUUAUUUUGGCAGAUACAGGGGGUCCUCGGUUUAUGACGGAGUUUCUUUUCUGAGGAAGCGGAACUGGUCGGAAUGCGUCGUGUAGUUGACACUAAUGAAUUAGUGAAGUCAGAAUUAUUGUAAAUAUUUCAAAUGAAAACACUUGCAGGCCAGCAAAGACGGUGGUGACUAUUUUUCCGCCGCGGCACCGACGACUUCAUUACGCUCCGUUCGGAAGCUCAAAAUAACGAAAGUCAUAAUUUGAAAAACACCUGUAGGCCAUAAAUCUAAAAACACUCCAAUGAUAAACCCUAAGUACGGCGAUAACUGAGUGUGCCUUAUUGUGCUGCGUGAUUUAUUUAUUGUGCUGAUACGAAAAAUUAAUUGAUUUUGUGCUGUACGUAACCUCGGAAUGUCACCAUUACAGUAAAUGAAAAACAAUUCUAGGACAUAAAUGAAAAACAGGAAGUACGGUGGCACCGCCUGGUAGUGACGUAUUCUUACACCUCUGCGCAAACGGCUUCAUUUACUCACCAUUCAGAACCUCAAAUUACCGUCGGUAUCUGCAUGAAAAACACUUUUAGACUCUAAAUAUAAAACCAAUGAACCGUAAAUACAGCACUAUCUCAGCGUGCCUUAUUCUGUCGCGUGACCGCUGUGUUCUUAUGCCACUAUGCAAACUUGUUCCUGACGCGACAUUCAGAUCCUCAAAAGUGUCAUAAGUACAAAUAACGUUUCUAUGAAAAGACUUAGGCCAUAGUUAUAAAACAAUUCAACGAACGGUUAGUACAGCGGCGACUGAGCGUGCCUUCUCGUGCCAUAACUAACAAUUCAAGAACGCUGUCGUUUUUCGUAUUGGCCAAGCGUCAAAAAAACGAGGACCUCCUAUACUCUGAAAACAGGCACUUCUAAUCACCCACAAUGCUGUGGGAAUUUGUGCAAUUGAAAGAUCCAUAAUUCUAUGUUCGCUGUGGCAACUCCGUGCCUCCUCGGCUUUUAUUACAAACGGUUUACACGAAGAUUCCGAAAUUUCCUUGACGAAUUGCACUAAAAGCCGUUUACAUCGGACUGCACACAAGCGUCCCGUAAGCCACCAUGCCACACGCGCUCACUUUUAUUUGGCAUUUUCUUUGGCUUCCCCUCCUCCCCACUCCCCUUCUUUUUGUACCUUAAAGGUACGCGAGCCCCUACACGUCAAACACGCAAACUCGCCUAUCAUUUCACUGUGUUUGCACCAGGGGGAGAUUAAUCCUCAGAUUGAGGAAGUUACUUUGCUCAUAUUUUCUUAAUCUGUUUUUUUAUUUACUUUGGUUUUAAACUGGAGGAUUCAUUGAUUGUAUGCUUUUGUCUUGUCCGCUUUUAUUUUCUUUGUUCUCAACAGCACAACCAAAACAAAGCAUCUGUUAUUGAUGUCACACGGGACUCAAACUAACUCUUUGUUGCUGCAUUGUGAAAAUCAAGCUUGAAUGAUUCAGACUGAAGAUAUUCAAUCCAGUCCAUUUCAGUCCAAUGUUUAAACCUGCGAGUGAGCUUCAACCGCAGACUGAAGGCCCCUUUUUUUUUUCUCAGCGACCAUUAAUGGUGUACUAGUAGUUAGUGCGUUCGUUCUGAGGUUCAGGGUUCAAAUCUCAAAGUUGGCAUGUUCUCCUCUGGCUUCCUCCCGCAUUUCAAAGUCAUGCAGUUUAGGUUCAGUGACUACUCUAAAUUGUUCUUCGCUCUGGGUGUGAAUGGUUUGUCUAAAUGUGCCCUGCAAGUCAUUGGCUGACAACCAGUCCAGGCUGUAGCCCACCUCUCGCUCCAAAGUCAGUCUGCAGCUCAUCCGCAACCCUCAUGAGGACAGGCGCUACAGAAAAUAGAUGGACGGAGUGUCCGUCAUUUUCUAGCCGCUGCUGUGCAUUAAACAAUGUCCGGUUAUCAAGCAAAAAAAUGUUUUUAAGCCCCGCGGUGCCAUUCUGUCAUCACUAUACAGGCCCGUGCUUUCUAUUUGUAUUGUCAGACUUGAUCCUGUAUAGUUUGUCGUUUUGUAUAAACAAACAAAAAAAUAUUUAUAAUUUUUGUAUGGAAGAGGAAAAAUGUUUAAAAAAAAACAAUCAGAGAAAAUGGCAAUUAUUUUGUAUUAUGUUUGCGUCAGUCGUUCAUUGUUGUGUUGCCGUAGCAGCAACAAUAAAUUCAUUUUGAAUACAAA